AUGCCUUCCGUUGCCGACAACGCCUCCAUCUUCUCGGGCGUCUCGGCUGCCCCUUCUCGAUUCGGUGCUUCGCGACAGCCUCAAUUUACUCUCGACACCUUCUCUAGCCAGGAUUUCAUAGUCAAGGACUUUAUCGAAGCUCUUUCAGACGCUGCUAUCCCCCCGAGUCGCCGUACCGGUCCCAAUGCUGUCGCCUUUGAUCCUAAGCCCCUGAUUCGUACCUUCGAACAGGCCCUGAACAGACUCAAGCUCUUGAGUGAGGACCUUGAGCUGCAAGAGAAUGAAUUGUCCGCUGGUGUAAGGAGAGCAGAAGCUGUGCACAACACGAAUGUCCAAGCUAGAGAAAGGGAGCUCGAACGUGCAGUCGACUCCUUCCACCGCUUAGAGAGGAGUCUAGACAAUGGUGAGCAAGGAGGAAAUGCCGCCGUGCGGAUAGGAGAGAGGCUGGACGAGUUGGAUCGCCAGAGUCAGCGCGCUCAAGACGCAAAGUUCAUAUUGCAGUGCUGGAUCGAUGUGUCCGAGCGUCGUGAUCUCUCUAGCCUUGAUGAUGUCAGGAGACUACAAGGUGGUGAGGGCAAGUUGCGCUGCGCCCAUAUUGCUCGCCAAUUGCUCAAGAUCAGCCAACGACUGGACUCAUCAAAUUCGAUCUCCAAUGGUGACGGCGUCAACGGUCACGACACCCCUACUGAGCUGAUUGAGAAGUUCCUCGAAUCGCUAGAGAAGGAUCUUCUCAAACAAUUUGACGACUUCUACAGACGUCAGAACUUCGACGGCAUGAGAGAAUGUGCCGUCGCUCUGAAAGACUUUGGCGAUGGUGCUAGUGUCAUGGGUCUCUUCGUCAAUCAGCAUCAGUUCUUUAUUGAUCGCAGCCAGCUCAUUACUGAAGAUCUAGCAGCCGAUCCAGAAACUUGGGAACGUCUUGCCGACCCGGACACAGAACCACCAGGUGUUGAGCCUAGCUUGCAGAGCUUGGUGGAUGAAGUGAAACUUGUCGUUCAGGAAGAAAGCUUUAUCAUCAAGAAAGCCUUCCCCUUCCACGAAGAAGUCUUGGUGCGCUUUCUACAAAGAAUCUUCCAGCAAUCUAUUCAACAGAAACUUGAAAUGGUGCUCGACAAGGCAGAUUCCAUUUCUUCCCUAGCUUUCCUCCGAUCAUUGCAGGCCAGCAGAAGCUAUAUCCACGCCUUGGUCGAAGACCUGAAGGCACACGGCUUGACCGAGCACCCAGAGCCUGCCUCUGCGCAGACUGCCGCUGUGCUUGACCAGCAACUGGAAGAUCUGUUUGUGCCCUACUUCUCUGGUUCGUCAUACAUUGAGCGCGAGAAGAGAAGUUUGGAAGAGCUUUACUCCUCUCUCCUGUUCAAGUUCACAACAUACCACACACGCCGACGAAAGAUGCCCACCUCAUAUCUUGGCUCACUCUCAGCGCGUAGCAGAGAAUUGAUCUCAUCAACACGCGACACGUAUCUCGAAAGACUUGAGAACUCGGACAUCCCAGCUUCUCAAAAGUCCACUCUGCUACGAAUCGCUGGCCUCAACCCUACAGCCACUCAUACACAAAACAGAAAUGAUGUCGACGUAUCAGAGGAAGAUGGCGCGCUAAGCCUACCAUUCAUCAAACGCAUGCUCAAAUGGUUGGCCGAGAGUGUAGGCCGCGGCCUCGAACUGGCUAAUGGCCACGAAACUCCAAAAGACGUGCGCGAACUGCUAAACCUGCUCAUCGCAAACAUGGGCGAGAUAUACCUAGAAACAGCGCUGGACGCUGUAACCGAAUCGGCCACAGCAGCCGAGAGCAGCACAAAGACAGAACCUGACUUCGGCCACCUUGUCGACCUCCGUGUUGCAGUCAGUAUCCUUCACCUACUGCUCGCCACAAUCCAGACACUGCUUCUUCCUCUAGUAGCCAGCAACCUGACUAUCCGUCGCGACCUCGACAAAACAACAAACUCCUUCAUCGACCGUUGCGAAUCAAAAAUCGACACCAUCCUGCAGAAAACCAUCGACGCAACUCUAUCCUAUUCCUCACGCAUCCUUUCCCAGCAAAAGAAAACAGACUUCCGCCCUCGCGAUGACGCUCUCCUCCAACUCGACCAACUCCAAACACCCACCUGUCUCGCCCUCUUCAACUUCCUCACCAAAGUUCACAAUCGAGCAGACACAGCUCUCAGCGGCAAAGUUCUCGAAAACUUCCUUUUGGAACUGGCUCUAGGCAUUCGCGCCCUGCUCCUCGCUCAUUUCCGCACAUAUCCUGUGUCUCUCACUGGCGGUUUGAUCGUCUCGAAAGAUAUGGCUAAAUACAUUGAAUUGCUUAAAUCUUGGAAGAGUUUGCCUAAGCCGUUCAUUGAGAGUUUGGAUGUUUUGACCGAGAUUGCGAAUUUGUUUGUUAUUGGGCCUGAGGCGUUGAGAGAUAGGAUCAAGGGGUUGGAUGUCGACAAGACUGGAGCAGCUAAUGGAAAUGCUGGUGGUGGUAGUAUUGAAAAGGCGGAUUUGAAGCCGUUUAUUCUUAUGAGAGAGGAUGCUAGGAGUAUUGGUGUGCAGAGUGUCUUGGGCUUGUAG